CUCAUCAAUCCACUACUCGCUCACGGUUUCAAAUCUCGCAGUUCUCUCACCUCGAUCUCUCUCUCUCUCUCACACUCACAAACAUACGGAUUGCUCUCUCUAUUACAGAAUCGAAUCAAUUAAUUAGUGGAAACAGAGCAAGAAAAAUGGGCUCUGUUUCGUUGAAACUAGGAGAUGGAACCGCAAGAUUCAAGCGGGCAUCAGUGUGUACAUCAGCAGUUAAUAUGUUGAUGCUAUUUUCUGUAAUCAUUACCAACAUUUUUGCUUUCUAUGCUUUCACAUACCACCCUACGAAACUUCAUCGCUACCAUAAUCCCAAGAACAUAGCUCUGAUCUCGGAAAAAGUGUCCUUGAUCCUAAGAGAGAUUGAUUCUUCACAGAAAAAGCUAGCUCAGAUGGAGAAAGAGAUCCUGGGUUAUGAAAGCAUCGAUCUUUCCAGACCCAACAUUGCAAAUGAGCUGAAAGAGUACUUGAAGCACCAUGAAUUGCCUUUGGGGAAAGAUUCGAGAACUGGGAUCACUGAAAUGAUGGCAUCUGUGGGGCAUUCCUGUGAGAAAUCCAUGGAUUUGUUGUCACAGUAUAUGAAUUAUAAAGUCAACGGGCCUUGCCCUGAUGACUGGAGCCUUGGCCAGACGCUGAUUCUUCGAGGAUGUGAGCCUCUGCCGAGGAGGAGGUGCUUUGCAAAGACUACUCCCAAGGUAGAAUUGCAGCCUUUUCCAUUUUCACUUUGGAAAAAUGUUAGUGAAAAGAGUUUUAGUUGGAGUGGUCUUGGAUGCAAAAAUCUUGCUUGUUUGAAUAGUAAAAAAUUGAAUAAGGAUUGUACCGAUUGUCUUAAUAUAGUUAACGGUUAUGAGACUCAGAUAUAUGUUAAGGCUAAAGGGAAAAAUGAUUUCUUGAUUGAUGAUGUGUUGGCUAUGGGCAGCAGUAGGAUUCGGGUUGGGUUUGAUAUCAGUGGAGGGUCCGGGACUUUUGCUGCUAGGAUGGCUGAGAGGAAUGUGACUGUUGUUACUGCCACGUUGAAUGUUGAUGCUCCUUUUAAUGAAUUCAUUGCUGCAAGAGGGCUUUUCCCUUUGUAUUUGAGCUUAGAUCAUAGGUUUCCAUUUUAUGAUAAUGUGUUUGAUUUGGUUCACGUGGCGAACGGGUUGGAUGUCAGCGGCAGAACUGAGAAAUUGGAGUUCUUGAUGUUUGAUAUUGACCGGAUUUUAAGGGCUGGUGGGUUGUUUUGGGUGGAUAACUUUCAUUGUUAUAACGAUGAUAAGAAAAGGGCUCUAACUCGGUUGCUAGAACGUUUUGGGUAUAAAAAGCUGAAGUGGGUCGUGGGAGAGAAAGUUAAUAGUUCAGGGAAAUCAGAAGUUUAUUUGUCUGCUGUUCUACAGAAACCAGUAAGAAUAUAAUACAAUGAUUUCUUCCGGGAAAUUCUGGAUGUAAUACUAGUGUAGCAGCAAUGGUUACAAUGUAAUUCAUCUUCGUCCAUUAUUUUACAUAUUCGCAAUUCGUUUGUAAUGACAAAUAAGUGAAGGGCAUUGACUGUUUCUUUUCCAGAUUGGUAUUUGCAAGCAAGAACUGCUGAUUUUCCCCGGUGAGGUUUGAUAUCUUUCUAAAUGUAACUUGAAGAGCCUCGUUUUAACAACUAAGAUCUUUUGUCAUGAAUGCUUUAUGUAGCUGUUAAUUGAGUUCUAUCAGUAGAAUUAUUGAACAUCAUUUGUGCAGCACUGCCUUCUCUGUUUCAAUCAGUGAGACAUGCUAUGUGAACUCAAGAACAGAUUUCAUCUUCACGGUAGUAAAAAUUGAUUCACUGCAUUGUGUGGUGGGGAAAACUGAGAAACUCAUGGGAGACAAGUAAUUCUAAGUUUCAUGUAUUCCGCGUAAUUCUUAUUCCUGCUUCAAAUUCAUAGGUCUGCUUUGUUUCAUCCGAUGCUGUCAUACACAACCUAUAGUUGAAUUUCCUAAUGCUAGAACCUUAUUCACAUCAAGACCAUGUCGAGGGUAUAUGACAGGAUUUCAGAACAAAAGUAUUGCCUCCAGUAAACCAUUUUACAGAUUUUUCGUUCCUUGUAUUGUUAUUUUAUUUCCAGAAAUUCAUAAAAAUAUGAAACUGGGGCUUGCAAGUAAUUUGAUGCAAAUCAUGUUGUGAUGUAAUGAUGGAAUUUUAGUCUUUGCUUGCUGAUAUAAAGCCUCAUUCCAGAA